UAUUUGCUCUGUCUUUUCUUGUUUUCAUUUUUCAACCCUUGCAACGUGCUGGAUAUGUUCUAGUUUUAGAUUUGAAAAACCCCAAUUAACAGUUUAAAUAUUUCAAAUUCUCAAUAAUUAUUACAUAAAUAUGGAUAACAACAAGAAAGGAAUGUCGGAUGAAGAGCGCUUACAGCUAGCAACCAAACUAGACAAUGAACUAGAUCAGUUUAUAAAUUCGUUGGAAAAACGACGGUAUACCGAAGGAUGGCCCGAGGAUCGGUGGGAACAGGAAAUGGCUAAACACCCAUUUUUUAUGCAAAAACCACCUGAACCUGGCGAAGAACUAAGUCCACUCAUGGAAGGUCUACAACAACUGAAAUACGAUCCGGCGGAAAACACCGCUCAAGAGUUAGCUGACGCAUACAAAGAUGAUGGUAAGUUUUAUAUGCAACAUAAAAAAUUUCGCAUGGCCGUACUAAGCUACACGGAGGCCUUAAGUUUCGAUGCUACCAAUCCGGAAUAUAGGGCGGUGUUAUACAACAAUCGAAGUGCAGCUAACUUUUUCAUCAAAAAUUAUCGAUCGGCUCUGCUGGAUGCGCAAAAAGCGGUAGAAUUAAAACCAGACUAUGAUAAAGCGCGCUGGAGGGCCGCUCAAUGUGCUAGUUUGCUUAAUAAGUAUGAAGUUUGCGUUCUUCUGUGCGACGAGAUAUUAAAUAAAGACCCAAAAAACAAUCAAGCACUCGAACUGCGGAAAAGUACGCUUACUAAAAGGGCAGCCAAAGAACGUGAUAAUCGAAAAGCAGCACAAGAAGAGAGAUUGAAACAGGAACAGUUGGAAAGAACAAUUGAACAAAUCAAACAACGCGGUGUCAGGUUCGAAGAACCAGAUGCAUUAACUGAAGUGAAACUUCUGAAGCCUCGAUUGGUACCGCUCGAAGACUUUAUGGUGAAAGCUGACAGCAACGGUGUGUUGCACUGGCCGACAGUAUUCUGCUAUCCGCAGUUUCUGAGCACCGAUUUCCAACAACAGCUGUCGGAGGAAUGCACAAUGGAGGAAGUGUUAAUAAACAUGUACGAAGAACCGUUGGAAUUGGAUGAGGAGGGAGUGUAUGUUCCACACAAUUUAAACGUAUAUUAUGAGAAUCCACUAGCUGGAAGUGUUUAUAAAGUUGAUGUAAAAAAAACCAUCAAGGAUAUCGUUCGAGAGAAAACGUUCUAUGUGCGCGAUGGAACGCUUGCCUUUUUCGUUCUCCCGAAGGACUCAUCUCAUGAAAUGGAGUUUUUGAAUCAAAAACGAAUCCCGUUUAAAAAAACUUGUUAAACUAGCGUGUAUCGAGAGAUUAAAUUAACUUUUUCAAAGACUGCACAGAACGUUACGUUACGUAACGUUUUUUAAAUCUUAUGCACUCUAAGCCGCAUUUUACACCAAAUAAAUAUUAAAAAUAUU